AUGGCGAUCAAGCACAACCAACAACUGCCCAACAACCACUUCCACAAGGACUGGCAGCGUCGAGUUCGCGUGCACUUCGACCAAGCGGGCCGCAAGUCUCGAAGACGAGCUGCCCGACUCUCCAAGGCCGCCGCUGUCGCUCCCCGGCCUGUCGACAAGUUGAGACCCGUCGUCCGAUGUCCCACCAUCAAGUACAACCGACGCGCGAGAGCUGGGAGAGGUUUCACGCUGGCUGAGCUGAAGGAAGCUGGCAUCCCUCGCAAACUUGCUCCUACCAUUGGCAUCUCCGUCGACCCCCGCCGCCAAACAACCUCUCAAGAAACCCUGGCCGUCAACGUUGCACGACUCCAAGCGUACAAAGCCCGUCUGAUCCUCUUCCCCCGAAAAUCCGGUCAACACAAGAAACUCGACAGCUCUGCGGAGGACGUCAAGAUGGCUGAGGACGAGAGCAAGAUAACCAAGAAACUCUCUGACGCGCUGCCGAUCGAUAGCGGCGUCGGUCUCAAGCACGGCUUUAAGGAGAUCAAGAAGGGUGAUAUGCCUGAGGGCGAGGAGAAUGCUUACCGCAAGUUGAGAUUGGCGAGGUCGGAUGCCAGACUUGUUGGCGUGAGGGAGAAGCGAGCCAAGGCUAAGGCGGAGGCUGAGGAGGCGAAGAAGAAAUAG